GAGAGGGGCUUGACUUUCCUCUUAGUAAGCUCACCUGCUUCACCAAUCCUCUCUGUCUCUCUCUCUCUCCUUUUCUUUUACUCCCCUCAGAGGAUCAGAAAAGCUGCAACCAUGAGUUACAGGAGCAGUGGCAGCAUGAGUGGAGGCUUCAGCUCCGGCGGAGGCUUCAGCUCCGGCGGUGGUGGCGGCGGCAGCAUUGUGAGGAAGAGCUUCUCAAGCUUCUCCUCUUCAGCAGCCCCUGUGGGCUCCAGCCGUAUGAGCAGCUCAUCCGUUAGACGCUCCGGAGGAGGUGGUGGGGGCGGCUUCGGCAUGGGCGGUGGUGGAAGUGGAGGAGGCUCCAGCUUCAGCUAUAUGAGCAGCGCUGGAGGCAUGGGUGGCGGCGGUGGUGGUGGAGGAGGCUUCGGCAUGGGUGGCGGCGGUGGAGGCUUUGGCCUGGGUGGCGGCGGUGGAGGCUUCGGCCUUGGUGGCGGCGGUGGAGGCUUUGGCCUGGGUGGUGGCGGCGGCGGAGGUGGCUUCGCCCCCAUCACAGCUGUCACAGUCAACUCAAGCCUGCUUGCCCCCCUCAAUCUGGAGAUCGACCCCAACAUCCAGACUGUCCGCACCCAUGAAAAAGAUCAGAUCAAGGGCCUCAACAACCGCUUUGCCUCCUUCAUCGACAAGGUCAGUACUCCUUUAUUCUCUUAAAGCCCUUCAAUCUAAGAGAAUGUUAAAAGUAUCAAGUAUGCCAUGACUAUGGUCCUGUCCAAGUAAAUUAAAAUAUAUUGCAUUGAUCAUCAUCUACCAUAUGCCAGCAUACACAGGGUGCAGAUAUACUGCAAAGGAGAUACUGCAAAGGGAUACUGCAAAGUAUCUGCAAAAGGACACUUUGUAAUAGCAAUUGAUGGCUGGGAUGUUGUUUUAUGGUACAGGUUGCAAAUAGCACACUUGAAUAGUUGCAAGGCUGUGUCUCUUGUGUGCUACUGUAGGGCUCAUUAAAUAUUUCACAGCCACUGAUCAUGCAGCCUCUGGAAAUCCGGACCAUAUAGGAUCCAGUUAGAACUGGCUCUGAAAACAAAUACACAGAAUGAUAUAGUGACUGCACCCUCUACCUGAAUGUAUAAACAGGGGCAUAUCACCUUAUCACAGGUUGUCAAAGUCCUAAUGUGCAGCCUGUUGCAUCAAAACUGACAGUUUAGUCGUUUUCUUCGACCGUAAUUGCACUGGCUGUGAGUAUGGGAGUGGGGGGUGAGUCCAUGUACCUCUCAUGGAAGGAAUCGUCUGGGAGCGAGAUAUAAAGUGGAUGGAUCUCUUCAUGACUGCCCCAGCCCUUAGGGAAUGACUCAGCUCAGUGCCUGCCAACAAUAGGCCAUGGAGGGCGGUGUCCUUUUUUACAGAGGUGUGGGAGAAAGGCAGCUCUGUCUGAGAAAGUCCCAAUAAAAACUUCAAGCAGUCCGUCUUCAUUACCUCAGCGAAUGCAAGUCUAAUCUUGAACCACUAAAUAAAUAAACAAGUAAACCUUGCCAGGGAGAUGUUGCCAAGGCAAUGUCACAUGAUACAACCAGAUAUGAUAUAAUAUGACAUAACCCAAUUUAAAUUCUCAACGUAAUGGAAGAUGUGUGCCAACCUGUUUCUAGCAGUAAAUAUGACACCUGAUUGUAACUAUUCCAUUUCUCUCUCUGCACACAGGUACGCUUCCUGGAACAGCAGAACAAGAUGCUGGAGACCAAGUGGAGCCUCCUGCAGGACCAGACCACCACCCGCUCCAACAUUGAUGCCAUGUUCGAGGCCUACAUUGCCAACCUGCGCAGACAGCUCGACGGCCUGGGAGGAGAGAAGGUCAAGAUGGAAGGAGAGCUGACAACCAUGCAGGGUCUGGUGGAGGACUUCAAGAACAAGUGAGUUUUACACAAGACAUUGUAUGGAUGCUCUAACUGUCCUAAAUGCUGGCCCAUGUAACCAUAUAUAAUCUGUUUUUGCAGAUAUGAAGAUGAAAUCAACAAGCGUGCCGCAGUGGAGAACGAGUUUGUCCUCCUCAAGAAGGAUGUUGAUGGUGCCUACAUGAACAAGGUUGGGUUGGAGGCCAAGGUCGACGCCCUUCAGGAUGAGAUCAACUUCCUCAGGGCCAUCUAUGAAGCGGUGAGGGCCAUGUCAAACCACAAUAAGCUUAGUCUUUGAAACUCUGUGAUAUAAACAACAAAUGAUCCACAUUAUGGCUUUCCUGAUGUCCUUCUCUCUCCUUCUCUCUCUCCAGGAGCUGAGUGAACUGCAGGGCCAGAUCAAGGACACCUCAGUGGUGGUGGAGAUGGACAACAGCCGUAACCUAGACAUGGACUCCAUUGUGGCUGAAGUGCGCGCCCAGUAUGAGGACAUCGCCAACCGCAGCAGAGCCGAGGCCGAGACAUGGUACAAGCAGAAGGUAUGAGGAGACUUCAGUAUAUUUCUAUGGAUUUCCUAUAAAUGAGAGGUGCAGUAAAGUAUAAUACAUAGGCUUUACACUGACUAAUGACUGUGCCAAUCCUGUCUUCCUUCAGUUUGAGGAGAUGCAGUCCUCUGCAGGACAACAUGGUGAAGAUCUGCGCAACACCAAGUCAGAGAUUGCCGAGCUGAACCGCAUGAUCAGCCGUCUCCGAAACGAGAUCGAAAACGUCAAGGGACAGGUAUGUUCAGUAGGCUGGCAAAUGACUGUCAAUUCAAAAUAGCAUCAGGUCUGGCACAACACUAAUAUUCAAUUAAGUGAAAAUCUCAGUCUUAUUUCUGAUCUUGUCUUUUCUUUACCUCGUAGCGUUCUACUCUGGAAGGCCAGAUUGCUGAGGCUGAGGAGCGCGGGGAGAUGGCAGUGAAGGACGCCAAGCUCCGCAUCAGGGACCUGGAGGAUGCCCUCCAGAGAGCCAAGCAGGACAUGGCCCGGCAGGUGCGCGAAUACCAGGAGCUGAUGAACGUCAAGCUGGCCCUGGACAUUGAGAUCGCCACCUACAGGAAACUGCUGGAAGGAGAGGAGGACAGGUGAGCACAGGAUCAAAUAAAGACAUGGUGAAACAAAACAAGACAAAAGCAAGGCUAGGAAAUAUAAAGGCACAAGACAUUGAAAAUCUUCUAGAUGCAGUCAGCUCUUUCACUAAAGUAUAUGCUUAGUGAUUAUGUCAACUAAUCUAUGAAUCUUUACAAAGGAUUACCUCUGGAGGUGGAACUGCAACCAUCCACAUAACCUCCAGCAGCAGCGGUGGUGGUGGCGGUAAGAACUUCAUACAUAUACAUUUAAAUUCAGUUGGACAAGAAAAUGAAAACAGUGAAGAUAAUACUUGUAGGUCUGAUUAUCAGUCCUAGUAUUGACUUUGCCCCUUCCAUCUUUCCUUCCCAGGUGGAGGCGGUGGAUUCGGCAUGGGCGGAGGCGGUGGAGGCUUCGGAUAUGGCGGCGGCAGUGGCAUGUCCAUGAAAAGCGGCGGUGGCGGCGGUGGCUUUGGCAUGAGCAGCGGCGGUGGCUUCGGCAUGAGCAGCGGCGGUGGCUUCGGCAUGAGCAGCGGCGGUGGCGGCGGUGGCUUCAGCAUGAGCAGCGGCGGUGGCGGCGUCUCCAUGUCCCGCUCCUCUAUGACCUCCUCAUCCAGACGCCUCUAA